UUAUCUCGGGUUUUAUUUUAGAUCCCAUGGGUUCUCUUUUCCGAUCUUUUACCUACUAAAUCAUCAUAAGUAAUAAUAACCUCUCCAUAGUUUCGGGUGUUAUUUAUGAAGCAAAAUAAUACCUAUAAUUUAGUAGGAAAAUGGCGCACGGAGAAAAACUAUCCACCUCUAAGCGCGACACGCGCUCGCAGCGUGACGCGAUUAAAUUAAAAGCGACUACAUGUGUUUUCCUUCCCACAGGAAAAUACAUUAGCCAGAGCAUUUCCCGGCGUCUUCUCUCUUUGUCCCACCAAAGCCUUCGACGCUCCGCUAGAAAGAACGCUCGACAUGGCGCCCUCGAAAGCUAACGGGGAGCUUUCAACGUAAAUCUGAUAAAGCAAACACAUUACGACACAAACACAAAGAAAAUUUCUUCUCAAUACUAUCGUUAUAAGCUCAACGUGGAUCGUCUGGCUCUUUCGCGCACGCAGAAUAACUAUGAACAGAGGGAGGCGGAUAUAACUUACCGGUUACAACUGCGGAGCGGGCGUCAUUGGAUGAAAAAGUUUACGCUGUACCGCCCUCCUCACCGCGUGCAGGGUAGCUGGGCCCGUUUCGUUUACAAAAUAUUUUCUUAGAAACAGUAAGUCGCCUGGGCCGAGGGGCGGCGACGCGGGUGCCCGCAGUCAUGCUGAGAGCCUCAGCGGAGUCGGUGGACACACGUCGCGAAGCUUUUCAUCUUUACCAAAAAAAAUUGCUCGGUUACAAACACUCUACCGAACUGAUGCUACUGAUUACACCUCAUUUCAUCACGGAAUGCGGCUGUGAAAUCAAAACAAAAAUUUUAUAACAACGCGUCAACCAACCACUGUGAUCAAUGUUCUAAUUUCUUGGAGAUACUGAAAAAUAUUUUCUAUGUAGAUAUAGAUUCAGUGAAGUGCUCUGAAUAUAUUUUCGUGUGCUAACCGACAAACUACUAUUUGUGAUUUUACUUACGUGAUUGUUGAAACGAAGACUGACUGAACAUUAUUCAAGAAAGCAAGAUCACGAGAAAAUUUGACGACGAAACAGAGGCACACCUAAAUAAAGUGAAGUGGAGAAGCGUCGCUGUCGACGCUGUUAAAGACCGAGGCUCCAGCGGGGAAUACCCGCCGCGUGGAUGGUGGCGGGUGAAUGGGGCUAUGCGCCGGCGUCGGCCACCCCCGCCAUGAACGCCUUCCUCGAAACGAACCACGCGCACCUGGCGUCCUACGGGCUGAAGAUGUCACCGCAGCCGGCUUGCGGCGUGGGCCCGCAGCAUCGGGCCGCCGCACCGCACCCGCCGCCGCACCACCCACCGCACUACCAGCCCUACCCGCUGCAUUCCUACCAGCCUGGCUACCUGCGCGAGUACGGGGGCUGCGGAGAACUGUUUCCGCAGCAGCCACUCGAGCAAAGUUGGGAUUGGCGUGGCGACAUGCACUACCAGGGCGGCGCCCCGCCGCUUGUGCCUCACGCGCAUGCCCAUGCUCCACACGCCUUUUUGCGCUACGUGCGCGCUCCUCCGAGGCGCGACAUGCGCUGCCAGUGGCUCGACCCCGAGCAACCGCCCCCGCGAAAGUUGUGCAACAAACUCUUCUCGAGCAUGCACGAAAUCGUGACGCAUCUUACAGUUGAACAUGUCGGUGGACCUGAGUGCACGACGCACGCCUGCUUCUGGCAAGGUUGCUCGAGGAACGGUCGCCCGUUCAAAGCGAAAUAUAAGUUGGUGAACCACAUACGCGUGCACACUGGCGAGAAACCCUUCCCUUGCCCGUUUCCCGGCUGCGGAAAAGUGUUUGCCCGAUCUGAAAAUCUCAAGAUACAUAAACGAACACAUACCGGUGAAAAGCCGUUCAAAUGUGAAUACGCUGGUUGCGAUCGUCGAUUCGCAAACUCUUCCGACAGAAAAAAGCAUUCGCACGUGCAUACGUCUGACAAACCGUACAACUGUCGUGUGCACGGCUGCGACAAGUCCUACACACACCCGUCGUCGCUGCGCAAGCAUAUGAAGGUUCACGGCGCGGCCGGAGACGCGUCGCCGCGCUACGACAGCGACGGCGACGACUCCUCGUCCGCGGGGAGCGUCAGCGUCACGGCCGGCGCCAGCAGCCCCCCGGCGCCGCUGCCGCCUCCGCCCGCGACUGCGCCCGCGCCGAUGCCGCCGCACCACCCGCCCCACCACGCUUCGAUAGCAGACAAACUCGAGAGCCUCAACAAUAAGUACCUCAAUCCUCACGAUCAGAAACCUUACGAACGACCACCCGCACCGCCUCACCACAAUCAAGCCCCACAUCUCACUAAUAUCGGAGGCAACGGCGUAAUGGACAAUAAACUCGGUUUUGGUGGGCACUGGAGCCAAUUUCAGCAACCGGCUCCCGCAAUGCCGCAUGGAGUACCUGACUGGUGGUGUCCCACUCAGGAGACCUACCACCACCACCACUUAAUGCAUCACUCAGGUGCUGCCGCUGCCUACUGACAGCAUCGCACUUAGGGAACUCUUCACUCGACGAUCAACUCACGCACUCUUCUAUGGCGAGAAUCAAAAUAAACAUUUAUUUAUAGGAAAUGUUACUUAAAAACACUUUCGUUUGCGCCACUACGAUUAUUUGAUCCAUUUAUGCUAUGUUGAGUCAAUAUGAAAUAAUUUAUUUAUUAACGUGGAAUGAAAAGUUUCCUAAGGCGCCUUUAGAUGUUUUAAUUGUAGUGCACUCUACGCUUAUAUUAAUUGUAUUAGUCUGACCGGUGUAACACUUAUUCUAAAUAAACUUCUUAUAUUUGCACUAUUACCUAUCUUUGCUGGUUGCGCUACUUGCGCUACAAUUUGCUAUUGCCCGUAAAGCGCGUAUGUAAAUGAUGGGGAUUGAAGAGCUAUUAGAAAAUUUGAAUAAUCGGUUGUUUGUUUUAAAACAACGAAUUAGAAUGAUUACGGUGAACACUGUAAUUUAAUGUGUUAUAUCACGUUUUGAAAUGUUAUUUUAUGAGC